AUGGCACUGGCGGUGGAGGAAAGCGAAAGUAGAACUACUACUAGUACAACUACAAGCUUCAAUCAAAUUGCGCAGAUGAACAUGAUGAACGGAGAGUGUGAAUCCGGCUGCCAGCGGCCGCCGUUCGGGAAAAAGUGCCGUCACCUGUUGAAGAAGCAGAGGACUAAAUUCUACAUUCUCCGGCGCUGCAUAGCAAUGCUCCUCUGCUGGCACGAACGUAAUGACCCCUGA